GGCCCGUCUUGAUGCUGUUCAGUCUUCUCUUUCUCCCCCGGCGUCCGCUAUGCCUCGACCACGACCUCUAACACAUGUUUCCAACUCUCAAUCAGUCGACUACUCUUCUCAAUCACAAUUAACACCUCGGACACCUCAUUCUCGGUCAGGUAGAGCAGAAGAAGCAUAUGGAGAGGUUGAAAUAGAUGGGGUAGAUGAACUACAGGAAGGUGAUAUGAGGAAUAUGCAGAACGUACCUUUGCUCAGGUCGUCUGCAAGUGAUACGUUUCCUGUUACUGGCUAUCGGGGACGAGGAGACGACCAUCGAGCGGAGACCAGGCGGCAGGGGCUGACUUUGAAACUAAUUGCCUCCAGGUUACCCAUCGUGAUUGGGUCUAUGGUAGCUGGUCUACUGCUCAUUCUCAUUGUGGUUUCGUAUCAGAAACCUGGGACGUUGGAAACAUAUAUAGGAGGAGUAGUUACACCUUCAGCAGCCUCUAGCCAAGACUCGACGAAUUCAACACAGCAAGACCACAAUCACGUAGAUCCAGCUAUACUCAUUUCCUACGAGAACUACACCUUUUUUCCUCUGAAGCCUGGAGAGUACGCUGCUGAGUGCCGUAAAAUGGUUGGGGUUUGGAUGGAAAACCAUGGGUAUUGGCAAAUUCCGCCCAUAGGGGUCAAGGACGUCAUCCACAAAUCAGGUCCACCAGUUUGCUCUAGCACUAUAACCUACAUGCUCGGUGGCAAGGUAGGACUCGUCGCGGAUCUAGCAUUAAUGGCACAGGCUGCUGCGUUGGCUCAAGAGCGAAACAGAACCUUUUUAGUGGACGAUACUUAUUGGAAUCGGGGCAAAUGGAAAGAUCAUUUUGAAGAUGUUCGCGUGACACAGCCUGGGCCAGAACAAGGAUGUCAACCUCCUCCUCCAGAAGAACUUGUUGCUUGCCCACGUCUCGCAAGACAUUGGAUUAUCAAUGCCGGUACCGCUAAAUACCACUUUAACCAUGGUUUCCACGAGCAAUAUGAAGACCCGUACGCUCAUAAUCUCAACCGUGACAAACCGGUGUUCGAGACUGCCCACGAAUCUCUUUCAACGACCAUCAGACCCAACGCGCAACUUAAGGCCUUGAUAACAGCUGCUCGAAAGGAGUUGUCAGAUUUGUUUGAAGAAAGCUCAACCGAGUAUAUCGCAGUGCACAUCAGACGUGGGGAUAACAAAGCGUCUGCUUGGAAGUACAGUUCUCCGGGGAUCCAGGUGCCAACCCAAGAGUUUGUAGAUGCCACGUCGGAAACAUGGUCUCGCCUCAACCUCUCGCAAUCCCAAAUUUCGGCUCACAUCGCCUCCGACUCUCCUGCUGCGAUACACGAGUUCUCAGAGGCACUAGACAAGCAGUGGAAGGUGUUCUCGCUAUCACAAAGCAAAGAUCCGAAUAUCAAAGCUCUGGCGAGUCCAGAACAGUAUUUUCAAAACAAUUUUGAGAAAUUGUAUGAUACAGAGGAGCGGGUCAACCUGACGAGGGGGAUUGUGGUUGACUUGGCGUUACUGAGUGGUCUCUGGAGUGACGGCGAAAUCAAACCUCAAGCGGUUGUGUGUACCAUCCCCUCCUCAAUAUGUAAAAUAUCUGCCAUAGGAUUUGGAUGGGAAGGUGCCUUCGGGCAGGUCAAUGAACUGGGAGACAUCGAUCAGCAAGGGAAGAGAUGGGUUGAAAUAGACGAGAAGAGUAGUAUAAUCCCAGUGUGGAGUGCUUUCAAUCUUUUUAACUAGAGGCGGGAUUCAGAGUCAGUUCAGACUUUUUUCCGACAUUGGAAAGUACUUUUCCACAUUACAUAUACACCAU